CUCACUGCACUGUUGAUGCAGGUCAAAGUUCUUUUUCUCAUUCUUAUGGAUCUCUGUCGGCGAACUUCUGGGCUGCAACAUCCGUUACCAGUUUCUCAGGUGGGAAGCAGCAACAUUCAGGUUCGGCUGCAUUAUAUUGAUGGGAACUACACUGUACUGCCAGAAGUUGUGGAAGCAUCCCUUGGCCCACACAUGCAGAACAUGCCCCGUCCUCGAGGUACAGAUGCUGCCGGUCUUCUACUACGCGAGCUAGAACUCCACCCUCCAGCAGAGGAGUGGCAUAGACGAAAUAUGUUUGGUGGACUUUCGUCUGAUCCAAAUGAUGUGGGUCCUGCAAAUAAACUUGUUAGUUCAAGUCCACGUGAUUUGAGCUCAUUGGAAAAUUGUGAUGUCUACCAUGGAGCCCAUGCCAUAUGGCCUCGCAAGCGCAGGAUGUCUGAACGAGAAGCCGCUUUUGGGUUGAAUUCUUCCGUUGGUCUGGGAGGAUAUCUUGGUAUAAUGGGAUCACGAAGAGACGUCGUUACUGCAUUAUGGAAGACUGGGCUUGAAGGGGUCUGGUACAAGUGCAUAAGAUGUCUGCGGCAGACCUGUGCUUUCACGUCGCCGGGUUCAACCAACCCUCCUAGUCAAAAUGACCGGGAGAUCUGGUGGAUCAGCCGCUGGACUCAUGGGUGCCCAAUAUGUGGCGGAACGUGGGUCCGAGUUGUAUAGCCGGCUUCAUUUAAAGGCUUCAUUUAAAGUUUGUUAACACACAAGUUUCUCUAAAGUGAAGAAGCAUUGCAUAUAUUUAUGGCUAACUAGAUGUAGAUGGAAUGCUGACUGGAAUUGUAUAUUAGAGAAGUUGUAUAUUUA